AAUUUAUAUUGAAUGACUGACAACCAAUUUGACAAUUAGAAUGAAUUUGAUGAAAUGGUAAACUUCAACUUUGUCAUUCAUAUUCAUUUAAAAAAGAGAAGCGCUAGAAAAACACAAACGAUUAUUGUUGGUAUUCCAGAUGAAUUUGAUUUAAAUAAGAUUAUUAGAUUUUGGAAGAAACAAUUUAACUGUACUGGUGGUAUUAUUUCAAAAGAUGAAGACUAUGGAGAUUAAGUCACAAUUAGAUUGACAGGAGAUAAUAGAUAGUAAAUUGCCAAAUUUUUAGUGGAAGAAGGAAUAGCGUUAUAAGAUAACAUUAAAGUCCAUGGUAUUUGAUAUAUCAAAUGAUAUUUAUAAACUAUUUAAAUAUUGCCAAUCA